CUGUUUAAGGAACGCAGCAGCUCAUGUAUCGCGUGCUUGCUACCUCUGUCCCUACAUUGAGGAAAAUCGUAAUUAACUAAAGAAUGCGCAUAUUUAUUGACUCAUGUUUGCGAUCGCGGUUCGAAAGCUGCUCCUGCUCAUUAGAGUAAUCGUUCCACUUCCGUGCUACAGUGAAGCAUUCUUCUGAAAGAGGGGUCAACUGAUUCUAUUGCAAAUGUGUAUCUAGCGAGUGCAGGAAAAUACGAUUUUCACCAACGUGCGUAGUGCGUCUCUCUUCUUUUUGUCCAUGUCAGUGUUUCCUGUUGGAUUUUUUUUUAUCCAGUUCACCAGGGCAUCGGUCCAGGUAUUGCACUUUGCAGCUCAUAUUGGUCAUCACAAGAAACACAGUGCUUUAACGCCAUUCCUUUCAGUCUCGCGAAUAUUUUUUUUUUUUUUUCAGAAAUGACUUUGGGUAGCCUGCCUUUUAAAAUUUUAACAUAUGCACAACACAAUGCGUUAAUUGUUGACUUUUACACUGGAAAUCGAAGAAACCUUGGUUAAGAAAGUAUGACCACAUUUCGUACACGCCUACGGCGCUAUAUUUUUCAUAAUGUGCUCUGAAUUUUCUUUGUAAUAUCACUUCAGUGCUUCUUAUAUCUUCGGCAGCCGUAUCACUCUUAUAAAAAUAUGCCCUAUUAUUAUGGUUAUCCAGCUGCUCGUGUUUUCAUGCACUAUCUUUUUUACCCUCUAGCUCCGUGCGUAAGGACUAGCAGCUGUAAACCAGCGCGUCUUAUUUGCUGAGAGUUUCCGGACAGGGAGCUGACAACCAUUAUUCAAAAGAUGAGGGCCAUACAGAAAGACGGCACAUUCUGUACCUACUAUAAAAGAGCCCAUGUCGUCCUUGCGAUACUCGUGCCUACAUACCUACAUCGAAACAUGCGACAUUUCGUAGAGUUAAUGAGUAUCGGCGUAUUAAUUAUAGGAACGACUCUGAUACAGGAGACUCCUGGUAAAGAACAGCGGUCAAAGAGGAAGCGAAGCUUCGACGUUUGCGCGGAAAGAGUUGGAGUCGUUCAAAAAGCAAAAGGGGCACAAGUGGCUGCAGCUAUGGUGCACAAAUGUUUACUUCCAGUAUUCGGCAAGUACAAGUUUACACUGAAGAUGUUCCAGAAGGGAAUAUCCAAGAUGUGCAUCGCCUUCCGGUUCUGCUAUCAUAAGUACAUGACAAUGCGAGGGACCAACAAUACGGAUCUCAAUCGCGACAAAACAUAUGACUGCAUUGCUAAGAUGGCCUCGCUUCUGACUGCUGACCUCAAUCCGGAAUGGAUAGAAAAGAAGGACCAGGUAAACCCCAAAGAACUGUACUUUGAAGGCGCUGAAUGUGCGAGAAAGCACAACAUCUUCCCGGAGGAUGCUGCUACUCUGAUGUUUACAAUAAAGUGGGUUAGAGACAAUUUCUUCUAGACGGCACACGUAUCCGUUCGUCGAAGUGCCGAUAAUCUGUUUUCUAAAGCUUUCUUCUGGGGUCAGCAAUCAAGUUUUCUUGUGUACGAUUGCGUAAACUAUUGGAAAUAAAGUUAUUUUCUCGCUGG